AGUUCUUUUAUAAUACACUUCGAUGUAUUUGCGAUCUAAAAAAAAAUUUUCAGAUUGUAAAAGAAAAGAGGAUGAGAUGUUAUUGUUUGCUUGAGAAAGUGAUGGAACCUAAGAAAUAUGAUGUUAUAGGCAGAAAAAUAUAAGCAGGAACAUUAAACCAGGGUCUACUGAGGAGGUCGAGGAAGAGACUCCACUGGCUGGCGUCCAACCAGCUGCUGUGUGGCAGGAGGAGAUGGAACAGAAGCCAGUGGUUGAGAUGGAGUUUGUCUGUGUGGACAGCAUCAAGGAGGAGGUCGAGGAAGAGACUCCACUGGCUGGCGUCCAACCAGCUGCUGUGUGGCAGGCAUUUGAUUAUUCUGCUGUGGAGACUAACUCUCUGGCAGAAGCUUCCAGAACAAGAGAUAGUUAUAGCGGUGAAGGCAGUGUAUGUCUCAAGACUGAAUGUGUAGUAGAAGAUGAUACAGAGGCAGAAACUGCUACCUGCGGUACUAGUUUGAUGUCUGACGUUUGCGUCAGUGUUUCAACAGAUUGCAAGUGCCUUCAACAUCAUCAGCAUUUGUGUUCGUCAAGCAAACAAGAAAAAGAUGCUCCAAUUAUAAGACAAGAGCAACUAGUACGUCAUUUAGUUGAACACAACAAAUAUCAUACACGGGAGCGUCCCUUCAAGUGUGAUGUGUGUAGUAAAUCAUUUAGUAGUAAAAAAACACUUAUAGUACACGUCAAGUUACAUAUAGGAGAGUUACCCUUCAAGUGUGAAUUAUGUAGCAAGUCUUUUAUUUCUAAAGGGUCACUGAUUAUACACAACAGGACACAUACAGGAGAGCGUCCCUUCAAGUGUGAAGUGUGUAACAAAUCAUUUACUAGGAAACAAAACUUUAAUUUACACAAGAGCGUGCAUACAGGUGAGCGUCCUCUCAAGUGUGAACUCUGUAGUAAGUCUUUUAGUUGUAAAAGGGAUUUCAUUGUACACAACAGGACACAUACAGGAGAGCGUCCCUUCAAGUGUGAAGUUUGUAACAAAUCUUUUGUUAGAAAACAAACCUUUAUUGAUCACAACACGUUGCAUACAGGGGAGUCUCCUUUCAAGUGUGAAUUAUGUGGUAAGUGUUUUAGUUUAAAAAAGUAUCUGAAUGUACAUAUCAGGGUACAUACAGAGAAGCAUACCUACAAGUGUAAAUUAUGUAGUGCAUCUUUCGAUUCUAAAAAGGAUCUUAUUUUACACAACAGGUUACAUACAAGUGAGCAACCCUUCAAGUGUGAAUUAUGUGGUAAGUCUCUAAGUUCUAAACUGUGUCUUAUUUUACACAACAAGUUACAUACAGGGGAGCGUCCCUUCAAGUGCGAAUUAUGUGGUAAGUCUUUUAUUUUUAAAAGGUAUCUGGAUCUACACAUGAGGGUACAUACAGGGGAGCAUCCCUUUAAGUGUGAUGUAUGUAGUAAGUCUUUUAGUUGUAAAAGGGAUCUCAUAUUGCACAACAGGUUACAUACAGGGGAACGGCCGUUCAAGUGUAAUGUUUGUAGUAAAUCAUUUAUUAGGAGACAAGUUUUUAAUGCACACUACAGCUUACAUACGGGGGAGAAUGCUAUAAAGUGUGAAUUAUGUAGUAAGUCUUUUAGUUCUAAAGCGGCUCUCAGAGUUCACAACAGGUUGCAUACAGGGGAGUGUCCCUUUAAUUGUGAUAUGUGUAGUAAAUCAUUUAGUGUAAAAGAAAAACUUAUUACACACAUGAAAUUACAUACAGACGAAGGUCUCUUUAAAUGAUAACCCGUAGUAAAUCAAAUAAUCGCAAUGAUCACCUAGUCAUGCACAACAGAAUGCAUUCUGCGAUGAAUAUCUCUUGAGUAUGAAAUAAAUUAAUCCAAGUCUGUGGAUACACCUGAAAUAGCUAUAGCACAGAUAUAACUUUCUGCACUGCAGAGACAUUGUUAACAGAUUGCCAGUGUUUGGGGUUACAGUUUGAGAAUGAAUGGCAAAAAAAACACUAUGUACAUAUCUUUCCCCACUUUUUUUUUCCAGUUUCAUAUCUUUAGCUCAACUUUUAAUACAACUAUCACUCACUUAGCACGACUAAUUCGUUCCUAAGAAUGCUCGUGUAUUUCGAAUUCGCGUAUUCUGAAGCAUUAGUUUCCAUAAAUAGCAGGGCUAGUUUAUUUAAUGUGUUCGAAAAUUGUGUAGGAAGAUAUACUUAAUGUAAUAUAAAUGCGUCAAAUUACACUCAACUAUAACUAUGUCACACCAUUUAUCUUUAUAUGCCUCCCAUCGCACUUUGUAUGACAAAUACGACUCCGCAUAAUGGGAGAUACAUGGUUAUGUACUUUAUCGUCAGGCGGCUGGCUGACUUUUUUCUUUUUGCCUGCCGAGAUUUUGUGCCAACUGAAAUUAACAGACAUGCUAUUCAAGACAGGGGCAGUAAAGUUCACAUCGCGCUAAAUGAAUCCGCGCAAUCUGAAGACUUGCUAAGUGAGGGAUAGGUCUAGUUAAAAUUAAUAAAAUUUAAUAUAUAUACCAAAAUUUACUAAAAAAAAUUAUAGUAGGUUGUUUUUAUUGUUAUGAUGACAGUAUUUAUUGAUGUGUUUGUAUUGUAUUGAUGUCGGUGCAAAAUAUAAAGGCAUUUCUGUGAGCUGCCUUGUAACCCUUGUACUAAGUAUAUUGAAUAUUAGUGAUCACUGCUAUUUCAUUUUGCUAGUUUAUGGCUUCAGAUCAUUGCGGUAGGAGUAAGUAUGCAGAGAAUGUAUGGUGGCUAAGAUUUUAGAUCAAUAUAUUUAUAAGUAAGAUGAUUUUGAGGAACCAAUAAUGUUUAACAUUAUGAAGAUCUUUUUUAAUGUAAAUAAGUUUGCGAUUUGUACCGUAUUUACUCGCGUAAAGGCCCCCCUUUUUUCCCCAAAUUUUCGACUCCAAAAAAGGGGAGGGGGCCUAUAUGCGAAUUUGGAGGAAAAAAUAGAUUUUUCUUUUUUUCAGAUAUGAAAAACUAACAUUUAAUAAAAGCAAAAUGAAAUACUGCCACAACUUAUUUAAAAGCCAAUUAAAUUUUGAUUAAAUGAAACAGCGGAACGACUGGCAAGUCGUGCAUCUUUGUUCUAAUGAGGGUGGUUGGGGGAGGCAGGAGGGAGAGAGAGGCAGCUAGUCCGGAGGAAGGAGGGGCAGCGCUGCCUGGGGGGGGGGGGGGGGAGAGGCGUGGCGUGGCUUGGCUUAACCUCCCUCCUGCCAGCUAGCCAGCCAACCAGACAAAGGAGUGUAGGUACCUGCUCCACCCACUUCCCUUCCUCCUUCACUUCCCCUCUUCCACCCCUCUUUACUCCGUCAACACUGCACCAUAGAGUAAAUAAAGUACUAGUACAGAGAGGACACUCAAUGCUAUUGCAGUUCGUUUUUUUUAUUCAGAAAUGCCCUAGUUGCUAUACAAAAAUGCAAACUUGACAAACAUUAAAACGACGUUGCAAUGGCUUAAAAACGAGAUAAUGUACCUUCUGGAGUAGGACUUACAUUUAGAAUUAUAAGUACAUUUUAAUUUAAAUAGAACAUUGAUCCUAGAAAGUACAAUUUGUAGUUAAUAUGCUUAAAACACUAAUUUGAAUAGUAGGGAAAUUUGCAGCUUCCACUGAAUGUUGGCGAGCUUGUGACUUCUUUCGUGCAUGCAUUAAUAUUUAUAAAUAUGUAUUGAUUUUAUUUUUUUUCCUUAUAAAAAAGGCAAAUCAUUUAACUAAAUAUCGGUAAACGUUAACAUAUAUUGAUUUAGGAUAGCAAUAUUUUUAAAACAAUAAGUAAAUUUCUUACCUUCGGGACAGUGUUUGCCUUAACCUCAUUUCUGUUAAAAAUGUUUUUGUUUACGUAGCAUAACAUGUCAAAAUGCAUAACAUGUAACAUAUUUUCGGAUUAAAAUAAAUUGCUGCCCUUUUUUAUGUCCAUCUUGCUUGUCUCAGCGUUCACACAAGUAAUCGUAGUACAACAUAUAGCCCUUAACCAAUAUAAAAUAUAAUGUUCAUUCAGAUAGGCAACAAAUAUCUGUUGGUGUUCCUCAGGGUUCUGCACUAGGACCUUUGCGUUUUCUUAUAUACGUUAACGAUUUGCCUAAAAAUGUUAAGAGUGGGAAAAUUGUAUUAUAUGCUGAUGACACUAAUAUAUGGAGAUAACCCUUUAAGUUUAAUUGCAAAUAUCAAAAUUUUAACUAGGGACAUCAUAGAUUGGUUUAAGGCUAACGAAUUAAUUCUUAAUAACACAGAAACAACGUGGCUGCAUUUUAAACUUAAUAACUUAUACAAUUUGCAAGACCCCCAACUGUAUCGAUAAAUGGUGAUAAUAUAUCUCAAUCAAAUUCAACCAAAAUACUAGGUAUAUAUAUUGACAAGAAUCUUAAUUGGAAAUCUCAUAUUGCUUAUUUAACUAAAAAAAUGAGCUCAAUAUUAUUUGCUAUGAGAACAUUUUCAAAACUGACUAAUCUAAAUGCUUUAAAAAUUAUUUAUUUUGGUUAUGUUGAACCUCACUUAUGAUAUGGAAUAAUAUUUUGGGGUAAUUCCACGGACUCAUCUAAAAAAUUUUUCGAAUACAGAAAAGAUUUGUAUGUAUAAUAAUACAUGUUAAUUAUCGUACCUCAUGCAGACAACUUUUCAAAAGCUUAGGUGUCUUAACAUUACAAUCGUUAUACAUUUAUGAAUUACUUAUAUUUGCUCAUUCACAGUUGAAUGAACUACAGAAUUUCAAUUUACAUAAUUAUUCGACUAGAACAAAAAAUAAUUUUCAUAUAUUACAACAUCAUACAAAAUGUUUUGCAAAUAGUCCGAGAUACUCUGCUAAACUUCCACCACAUUUUAAAUCAGAAAACAAACUUUGUGCAUUAAAAAAAAACUGAAAGAUUUGCUUUUGGAAUUCAGUUUUUAUUCUAUUAAUGAUUUUAUAGAAGCAAAACUAUGCUAAAAAUGUAUUAUUAUUAUUAUUAUUAUAUGAUUUACAUUAUUUGUUUUUUACUAUUAUUUUUGUUUAUGUGUAUAUGAUUGUACUUAAAUGUGUAUUCGUAAUGUAUAAUAUUCUUGACGAGUCCUAUACUACAUGUACAAUAUAAUUGUAUAUUUUUGUAGUCGACUUGGACAAUAAAACUACUAUACUACUAAUUUCUGUUCUAGUAGAACCAUGUUGAUUGAAGUUAAGGUUAGGAUUUUCGAAUUACCGAAUUGCAUUACAAAUCGCAAACAAAACUAAUGCAUAAAAAAGUGCAGAAGUAUUUAAUCAUUAACACGGGCAAUGUGUAUUUCUGGCAAAUUUAACAGCCUAAGAUGUACAAUUUUUCCACAAAAACUGAAAUGAAGCUGUUACCAAUGGCAUCUAAUUCUUUAUGGAUUAGGUGAAAGUACAAAUCUUUCUCCUAUCUUCACUUCUUGAAGACAGGUGUGUAGCAAUUGUUGAGGGGAAAAAAACCUUAAUUUCAACAUCAAAAAGACACUUCAUUUUAUCGCAACCCUCACCUCGGUAAUUGUUCCGUAUCACGUAUCCAAGUUUAUCCCUUGAUCCUGUUGGCAUGAUCAUGUAUGACACAUGUAUGGCACAUGAUGCUUGCUGUUUUAAUUCAGUACUUCGAAAGAUCUGGACAUAACAAUGAUAUAACAAUACAAACUAUGUUACGAAGUAAAGCAAAGUUUUUUCAGGAUUUUUUUUAAUCUAAUAAUAUGAUCAUAAUUCAUUGUUACAUCUGAAUUUUUUUUUAUAUUCAGGAUCUUUCGAUAUACUAAAUAAAACAGCAAGCAUCAUUACCACAGGCUCAAUGUAUUCAGGAUCAUGCCAUUAGUAUCAAGGGAUAGACUUGGAUACGCAAUACAAAAUUUUUACCCCACCUCCCUCUCGACCUAAAAAUAAAAUACAUACAAAACAUUUAGAAUAAAUAAAGUACAUAAGCAGAAAGUUUGAGCAGAAUUUGAGACUCAUUGACAUUUAGAACAGUAUCUAAGUAUUAAUGUCGUGUGUGCUUGUCCUCAAUGUGCGACUACACACUACAUACCUAAAAAGAUGAAAUUCUGUAGGGCAUGAAAACAAAAUGCUCAUCACUAUUUUAAUUAUACAAAACUUUUAUUUUGUUUCAUUUUAAUAAUUUACACAUACCUAGUUUCGUCAAAAGGAAACUUAUAGUAAAGUAAAUUAUUAUCUCUUCUCUUGUAGCAGUAGUUAACACAACACGUAACCGAAUCAGGCAUGUUUCACAACAGUGAUUUUUAAAAUAUAUAUAUAUAAAAAUUUAGCUUCCGUAUGUAUUUGGCCACAAAACUCGGAAAGUAUACGAUGGUUUGGAUUGAAAUUUUUACAGAACAUUGCAUUUUAACAGAAGAGUGUUUAUAUGAAAUAAAAGUUUGGGAAAAUCCACCGGAAAAGUCGGAAAAAAAAGUUUCUAUAACUAAAUAUCAUGGUCACCCAACUUAGUUGUGACCACGCUCGACGAUGCUGUACCAUAUUGUCGAAGUUCAAGCACAUCUGGCUACUCAACCAUUGUGCCUUGACGACUAUAAUUUACACAAAUAUGUAUAUAUAUAUAUAUAUAUAUAUAUAUUUCAAGAAAGAAUAAAAAACUUUAUUUAAUUUGAAAGUAUAUUCUUUCGACUCUAUUGAUAAAAAUACGUUUAAAUUAAAAAAUAUUCAAAUUUUUGGAGCACAGUAAAAAAAAUGCAUUUAACCACGAAUAUGCGAGUUAAACUUCAGAACGAUCCAACAGCAGUCAUAUUUUCAAGACAAUUAAUUGAAGUUUGUAACGGCACUGUACCUACAAAUCCAGAAACAGGAAAAAUCAGCUUAUCAUCUGAUUUAUGCAACAUCGUAGAUUCAAAAGAGGAAUUAGUAGACAAGGUAUUCCAAAACAUCGAAACAAAAUUCAAAAAUCAUGCAUGGUUGAGCGAAAGAGCCAUUCUAGCGGCUAAAAAUGUUGACGUACACGAUAUGAACAAUAGUAUUAUAAACAGAAUCGAAGGUGAAACAAUGACAUACAAAUCUAUUGAUUCAGUAGUGCACCAAAAUGAAGCAGUGAACUUUCCAACGGAAUUUCUC